AUGUCGCAUCCGCUGGGCAGUAACUUUGCUGAUUUCUUCCCGAGCGCUCCAAGCGUCAUCCAACAACGAAAAUCUUCCAAGCUUCUUGACAACGACAAGUUGAGAUUCAACCACUCUAGUGACCGCGUCGAAGAUGCGCAUAACAAAGAAGGCCUUGUUCGCGUCUCACUGACCUCGCCUGCCGCCACCGCCACCGCUAUAGCUACCCACUCCUCGACAAAGGUCGAUACUUUACCCAAGCUCAACAACUCUUUACGCAACUCGGAAGAAUCCGAAUCUUUUGCAGGCGAUCUUCUCAAUGGUGUCGGUUCUGCUAGCUCGUCCAGCACCGCUUCUUCGGUCUUCAGUGCAAGUCUCGCAAACGGCACCAUGCCUGCCUCAAAUCACCUGGCAUUCACGACUCUUACCCCUCUUACAACCUCUGACUCCCCUCCAAACAUGAAGCUGUUGAGUCCUACCGCCGAUUCAAUUUCCCAACUUGUCACGAAUGGCAAUCACACGAAUUCUAAUUCUCAACAUGGUUCCAUGACACCGUUAUAUACCCCCCCAACGCAUCGACGGACCGCACGCGACCUUGGUCUUCAUGUCAAGGGCUCUAAAUGUACCUACGAUCCCGAUCUCGACAAGAACUUGAAUACCAAGGACAAGAGGAAAGCCAAGGCGCAGUAUGAAGAUUUCGGAUUGCGAACAGAGGAUAAUUUUCAGGCGCCCGACCCACGAUUAGCCAUCCUCAAUUACACAAAAGGCGGGAUAGGGAAGGGAAAGGCCAAAUUUCGGCCGGCGCCAUACAACCUAAGGCCGUGGGUGCCAGACACCACAGUCACCGUCGCCUCCACUCCCGCAACCACCGUGGUCGUCACUGGCUUCGAUCCCAUGGCGCCUCUGUCCCAAAUCAGUGCUCUAUUCUCUAGUUUCGGUGAGAUCGAGGAUAUAGAUAACAAAACCGACCCGGUCACUGGUCGAUUCUUGGGGAUAUGCAGCAUAAAGUAUCAAGACUGCGCCUCUUUUCAGGGCGGAGGACCUAUAUCCGCCGUGUUGGCCGCAAAGACUGCUUACCUAGAAGGUAAAAGAGGCCAAAGGAUUGGCCUCAAGACCGUGCAGGUUGCCAUAGAUAAAGAUGGCUCCAUCACGCGAAAGUUGGAGGAAAAGGCCAUCGCUAUUCACCGUAAAGAAAGCGGUUUCACGAAUCAGUCCCGAGCACCACCUACUCCGUCGCCAUCCACACCUCUAGCUACCCAGCCGCCGGGCUUCGCUAAGAGUACAGGCCCUCCGCCCACCGCUCCGAAAGGCCCAGCAGGCAAGCCCUCUGUUAGAGCGCAGCCCAUGUUCCACCCUCCUUAUGUGCCUGCUGUAACAACUCCAACGAUCGCAGUAUCCAAAGAGAAGCCAGUGGCGCCCCCAAAAUCUACAGGCCCUUCGAUAGUUGAGAGUGAGCCAAUUGCUGAGACUUUGAAAGUCCCGUACAUCUUUGUGGCGCACUGUUACGUUCCUGUUAUGCCAACCACCAUACCGCACCUUAAGAAGCGAAUGCGCAUGUAUGAUUGGCGCGAAGUUCGCUGCGAUGAAACGGGCUACUUCGUCACCUUUGAGCAAUCACGGACUGGGCAGAUGGAAGCCAAGAAGGUGUUUCACGGAUGCCAUAUGCAGCCAUUGUUCACUUACGUGAUGAAUCUGGAGCUGCAUUUGAAUGGCCACCCAAAAGCCGUCGCAUCAAACCCUACGCCUCUGAUAGAAACUCAACCUACUGGUCCGGUGGAUUUUGUCUACUCAAAGCAGGCCUAUCGAUUGCGGAAAGAACAUGAUCUUGAUCUUGAGGAGGAAAAGAGACAGCGUGCUCGCGACCUAGAUCCUUCUCGUGCAGUGGUACAGCUGGUCAUACAAGAGCUGAGGGACAAAUUACUCGAGGACGUCAAGUCUCGAAUUGCUGCCCCGGUUCUCUACAAUUACCUGGAUCCCAGUAACCACGCAGAGAGGCGCAGAGCACUUGGUAUCGAUGAUCCUGAGGGCUCGCGAAAGCUUGGUCGAUAUCAAAACGAUGAUGGAUCUCAAACUCCUGAUUCCAGGUUGGGCCUCGCCUCGAACAAGCGGACUGCCAAAAGUCUCAACAUUCUCUCCUUACCAAAAAUCAAUAAGCGUGCAGGAACAGAUCGGGGUAUGGUUGGCUUUCGUGAUGAAAGGAGAAAACCACCUCCUACUCGACACUUUGUUCGUCCACUAUUUCAUCAACUAUCACAGUUUCAGGAUGAGGAUGAUUCGGAUGAUGAGCAACGUACUACACUUACUAGAGACACCGAAGACCUGGAAAGCCGCCCUGCGAGCCGUAUGAGCAUGACAUCGGUCUCUGAGGAUGACGAUGAUCAACCUCUUCUUCGCAAGGCUACAAAGCAGAGAUUCCAAGUUCGUGAAGACUCGGAAAUGCCGGAUACGCCUGUUAAGGAUGAGGUGGAGCAUGCGAGAACAAGUGCCGAGGAUCUAAUCAUUGCGAAGCUCGAGCGAAACAUAUAUGAGAUGUCUCCAUCCUCGAGGAAACGCAAGAGAUUGGUCAAAGAAUUAGAGGCGCGAAAACGUCAAAAAGCUGACGAAGAAUUGUUUGGCAUUGGUCAACGCGAUGAUUCGGAGGAGCUCAAGCCACAAGAAGCGGUGACGCCAGUUGAAGCAACUCCUGAUGCUGAUUCUGAUGCACCUAAGGCCCAGGUCAAGAAGCCGAAACCUAAACCGAGAACAAAGAAGCAAAAACUCGAAGAGCAAGAAGCACUUCGACAAGCACGGGCAGAGGCUGAAGCCGCCGAAGUCAUCGAGAAUGUACUUGAGCUUGCAGAGGAGGAAGAAGCAUUAGCAGAGGCGGCAGAAUGGCGACCAGAGGUUGAAUGGGGCGUAUCUGCGGAGAAACCUCAACCAACGGUCGACGACGACGAGGACAUCAUUCCGGAUCUUCGAGGUUGGCAGGCCAGUCUCUUUGACCAGGAAGAUCUCGCGUAUCUUGCUGUCGCCAUGGGUUCAAAGAGCGCGAUGAACAUUGGCGAUCCGAUGGCGUGGGCUUGGAAACAAGAGAAGAUUCGAAAUCUUAGACCAGGUGCUCAGCCUGGAGCCUUACGAACUGAACCUCCUAUCUUGGGGUACUACGUGCCCAAUGCUUCUGGUUCUGCCAGAACAGAACCUGUCAAGAGAAUUCUCGAAUCUGAAAAGUCGAAAUACUUGCCUCAUCGUAUCAAAGUACAGAAAGCACGAGAGAGACGAGAAGCUGAGGCCAAGCAGGAUCUCUCAGGCAAACCUGUAGUGGCCUUACCCAAAGCUUCCUCUCGUGGAAAACGUGCCGAUGAUCGUCGAACCGUCAAAGAUCUCGACAGGCAACGUGAGAUGCUCUCAGCCACAGGUGACGAUGCCGAUGUUUUGCGCUUUAAUCAACUUCAAAAGCGCAAGAAGCCCGUGAAAUUUGCCAGAUCUGCCAUCCACAACUGGGGUUUAUACUCUUUGGAGCGAAUACAAGCCAGCGAGAUGAUCAUCGAGUACGUGGGUGAAAAGAUCCGACAGGAAAUUGCGGAUCUACGAGAAAUUAGAUACGAAGAAAUGGGCGUCGGCAGCAGUUAUCUAUUCCGAAUCGACGAAGGCACUGUUGUGGACGCUACAAAGAAGGGAGGCAUCGCUCGAUUCAUCAAUCACAGCUGUGCCCCGAAUUGUACCGCAAAGAUUAUUCGAGUGGGUGGCACCAAACGCAUCGUCAUCUAUGCUUUGAGAGACAUCGAAAAAGACGAGGAGUUGACUUAUGACUACAAGUUUGAGCGUGAGAUGGAUAGCGAUGACCGAAUUCCAUGUCUCUGUGGCACAGCGGUUUGCAAAGGAUUUCUCAACUAA